AUGGCCCGCCACAAGACCAGCGAUAUCAUGCUACCCGCGGCAUGGCGCAUCCCAUGGGACCGCCAACUGGACCAGCAUAUGGCGCGCGUUAUCAAGGCCAUGGCCCAGAUCAAUUUCGCCAGCAACAUGCACCACAACCUCUUCAUGUUCACCACCAGAGAGGGUUUGCUGCACAGGAACCGCAUGCUCAGCAGCAGCACUACACAAGAGCUCCAGAGCACCCAGCCCAUAGCAGUGCGGCAGCAGCCACGGGCGGCUCGAGCGUGCGGUUUCGGAGAUAGGGACAGACGAGUGAUUGACCCUCCGCCGAUUGUGCAGCUCAGGAUCGAUGGGCCCGGUCUGUCUGAAGAAGAGAGGCGAGCAUAUCUGCGGUAUCCAAACUAUGUGAUGAACUGCUCCAUAUGGGAUGAGUCGGGAACCCGAGAUGCGUCGUAUAUGCCCGACGAGUACAACCAUCAACGCCGACUCAUGGGCUCAUUGGUGGGGACGCCCUUUGUCGGAGAUGAUGACCAAAACCAAGAGGGCUGUUUCUUCUGCUUUUCGGAUCUCUCUUGCCGGACUCCCGGCGCAUUUCGGUUGAAGUUUACUCUCAUCAUGAUUGAUCCCGCCCGCGCCUCCAUUCUGCGACAUUUCCCCACCCUCACUGAAAUCAAGACUGAUAUAUUUCAAGUCUACAGUGCAAAAGAAUUUCCUGGAAUGGUUGCUAGCAGUUCCCUUGCAAAGAAGCUCAAAGAACAGGGAUGCAUUAUAUCAAUCAAGAAGGGAAAUGAAAGAGCACGACCGCGAGGGGCAGAUGGCAGAUCUGAUGAUGAAGACGACUAA